AAAUGGACGGAAGGAUAUAAAACAACUUCCUCAACUGUAUCUUCACCAACACACCAUAAUGCAUCUUCUCCGGCGAGAAUAGUCCAUUCUCGCCCGACGUUCGCGCUGCCAUUUCGUACUGUUGUCGUCGGUGUUUGCAUUACUCAUCUCAACCGAUUUUCGCCGCUGUUUGCUGCCGUUUUUCCUUGUUAUUUUGCUGGUAAAAUGAAAAUUGAUGGAGCAGAGCUCAAUCUUAAGGAAAUCUGGAACGAAAUUGUGGAAUAUCUCUCAAAUAACCUGUUGAUAACUUGCGAAGUUGAUGAAUCUAAGAAGCUACAUAAACCUACUGAAAUGGAGCUGGAAAAUGUAACGAUGUGGCAGCAACUGCCGGAUGAAAUUUGGCGCGAAAUUUUAGUUAGGGUUAGUACUCUGGAUAAACUGAGGAGUGCAGACAAGGUGUGUUCUUUGUGGAGAAGGUUGUUGAAGGAACCAUUUAGCUGGAAAACGAUCGAUUUGAGAGAUUCUAGAUGCAUUCCCUUCAAAAUCAUGAAGAGAUUUUUUAAUGUUGCUGUGGAUCGCAGCCGAGGCGAAUGUAAUGAGUUUUACUAUGCAUAUUGUGGGUCAAAUGACCUGGGAUUUUUAGUGGAAAGGUGCAAAGACUUAAAAAAGUUGUGGCUUAGGGGUUGGGCAGGAGGUUGGGGUAUUCCUAUCUAUUCUUGUCUGAUCAAAGUGGCUCCAAGAUUGUACCACUUGGAGGAGCUGAUUCUCCAAGAUUGUUUUCUCACGCCUGUCUGCAUUGAGGCUUUAGGUGUACACUGUCCCAGAUUGACAUCGUUCUCCCUGAGUCAUUUCAAUGUUAUGGAGUUUGAGACAGAGGAAGAGAAGAAUGAGGAUGCUUUGGCUAUUGCAGCCCACUUGCCUUUACUAUGCCGACUUCAACUGAUCGGCAAUGCUUUGACUGUCUGGGGACUUGAGGCAGUUUUGGUGGGUUGUCCUAACCUCAAGUCCCUCGAUUUGCGUAGAUGCCUUGGUAUUGACCUUUCAGGACCUAUUGGAGAUAGGUGUAGAAGAAUGGCGGACUUUCGACAUCCUUUUGACUCGAUGAUUGAUUUCAUGUUUCUGGUUUAGAGGGGUUGUUGUUGUUGUUUUGUCCAGCGAUUUAUACAUGCCAUAGAUGAAUUCUUUUGAAGCCCAAAUAGACACUCUUGUUAUAUAGUUGAACACUGUUGAAUACUCUUUUUGCAUCAUUUGUCACCUUUUAGCCAUCUUCUUGUAUGUAGUAUGCACUUGCUUCAACUUGUCAGAGGAAAUUUCUUGCAUCAUUUCACACUUAAGACGACAUUGAGCUACUUCAUUGUUUGUACUUCUUUGCUGAGUUUAUAUAGCCCUUAAUCGAUCUAUUGUGUUUCUCCUCCAAA